CGGUUCUAGCAGCACACAAUGAAACGAGGGGCAAUGUAGCACACCACGUUGGGGCUCGAAACGCAGAUACGCCGAUAGAUAGCAGAGGCCGCUGCUGAUGAGAACAAAACAACGAGUUGAAAGGAGAAGAACCGAGCGGGCCCUCAGGAAACGAGGCUCCCCAUCAUAACUCUUGCUUUGCCGUUAAACGCAGUCGCGAUAAAAUGUCGUUCGCCUACUCGGAUUAUCUGGCCGCCGAGUGUCUGGUGUCGAUAUCCAGCGGUCCCGUCCUCCAUCGACCCACCCCGGUGUCUGGUGCGGCUCAGGCCCCUCCUCAGGGCCUUCCUGCCGCGGAGCGGGACGGGUCGCGCGAGGACAGGGAGGUGCGGGAGACGCUCCGGUUAGAGGGGGCCAACAUGAUGACGGUGGCGGAGAUCCUCACCGACCUGCACGGCAAGUUUCGUCCCAUGUCGGCCUACUCCGAAAGCAGCAACUCGUCGUGCGGAGAGAGCGGCUACACCACGUUGUCAGACUCCACCACCCCAACGCCGACCAUGACCCCCUCUGCCACCCCUGUCCCGGGACAGUACAAUAACACCCCUCAGCAGAUUUGGGGAGGAGGGGGCGCACCCCGGUCCCCCACCAAGCGUCACCCCUGUACUUUCGACGGGUGUGACAGGGUGUACGGCAAAUCAUCCCACCUGAAGGCGCACAUCAGGACCCACACAGGUGAGCUGAAGCGCGUGGUCGCCGAUGCUGCAGAUAUCAUUUGUAUUCAUACCCGAAUAUAAGUAUAUACAUACAAGUACUCUAUAUAUA